ACAUCCUUUUGUCAGGCUUUGCAAUAACGUUAACUGCUUUCUAGAUGUGAUGUUAGGCCUUCACUUACAUACACUGCACAGACACCAAGUCACCUCUGAAAGCAGUGUAGAGGAGGAUGUAGAGUUUGGUAGGCAGCUGUUCAGUACUGUCCCUGCCCAGUUUCAAAUAUGGGCAAGGUAAAAAUGGCAACCUUUGACGUGACAGCAAUAGCUUCUAAAAACAGAACUGACACCAGCGAGAUAGGAACCCACACCCGCUAGGCCAAGAGCAGCAGGCCUACUCUCCUACUGGAGAUUGCUUUCAGAAAAGGACUCUUAACUUUACCAGCUUUACUGGUCUUACUAAUUAGUGCAGUGUUGUAUGUCUUGGUAAAAGCGUUUGUCAAAAAUGAAUACCAUGGAUAACUUGGAGAAACAGCUGAUUUGUCCCAUAUGUCUGGAAAUGUUUACAAAGCCUGUCGUCAUCCUACCCUGCCAGCACAACCUCUGUAGAAAAUGUGCCAAUGAUGUUUUCCAGGCUUCAAACCCAUACCUUCCAACGAGAGGUGGCUCAUUGACGUCUGGUGGCCGCUUCCGAUGCCCGUCCUGCAGACAUGAGGUGGUUCUGGACAGGCACGGUGUUUACGGGCUGCAAAGGAACCUGUUGGUUGAGAACAUUAUUGACAUGUUCAAACAGGAGUCAAGCAGCAGCAAGCCAGCGCCAGAGAGAAAGGAAGGAAUGCCAAUGUGUGAUGUUCACGAGGAAGAAAAGAUCAACAUUUACUGUGUGACCCAUGGUGUGCCCACGUGCUCUAUGUGUAAGGUCUUUGGAGCUCACAAAGACUGUGAGGUGGCACCUAUCACCAGCAUCUACCAGACAAAGAAGACGGAGCUGAGUGACGGGAUUGCCAUGAUGGUUGGUAACAAUGACAGGAUGCAAGGCAUCAUUAGUCAGCUUGAGGAAGCCUGUCGUGCCAUAGAGGAGAAUGGUCGGAGGCAGAAGACCCUGGUGUGUGAGAAGUUUGACCUGCUAUACUCAGUUCUGGAGGCAAAGAAGAGGGAGAUGAGUCAGAAGGUGACGGCCGAACAGGAAGAGAAGGUGAACUAUAUCCGGGGACUGACCAGGAAGUACGGAGACCAUCUGGAAGAGAGUUGUAAGAUGGUGGAGUUGGGUAUCCAGACUAUGGAGGAGCCGGAAAUGGCUUUAUUUCUACAGAACACAAAGCCUCUCCUCAAAAAGCUUGCAGAAGCAUCCAGUACAGCACACUUGGACAAAGUUGAGCGUGGCUAUGAAAAUAUGGAUCAUUACACUGUCGACUUCAACAAAGAGGGCAAGGCCCUGCGCAGCCUUGACUUCCCCCAGGAGGAUGAAGACGAGGAUGAAGAGGAUGAGGAUGGAGAAGCAGGCACCGAGGAAGGAGAGGGGGCCCAGACUGUUUCGGGAGGCAGUGCUGUUACAGCUGCCUCCGUCGAACCUCCUGCCACCCAGCAGAGUAGCUCCUCCCCAAGCGCAGCCAAGAGCGCUGCCUCCACCUAGCUGUCAGCCGCCGACCCAGACAACACCUUAACCAAGAGCAGGAUAAGUUUUGCUCCUAGAUGUUGAUUUCAGGUCAGUUGUGAUAGUUUUCUCCUAGAUCUGGGAACAGUGAGACAGAUUUAGAUCUGCGCCGAAGGGAAAGUCUGAGUAGCUGAGGUAGAUCUAAAGGAAAAGACAGAAGUUUCAAUUCCCUUCCCUCUCUUUAAUUGUGAUUGUGUUAGCAUGCAUCACUGCAUACUGACUGAUCGUAUACAUUUUUUCUUUUUUUUUUCUUUUUAAAUACACAUUUUGGUUCCUUCUUCAGUAGCUUUUUUUGACAUACCAAAUGACAGACAGUCUAUGGGUGUCUAUUGGUUCCAGAAAUUAUACAUUUUUUAUGUAGCUGACCUUUUGCGACUCACUGCUUGAACUGCAUCAUUAGCGAGCAUGACAAGAGGGCCUCAGGUUUUCCUCCUGGUCGUAUACUUUUUUAUGACUGAUAUAACUUUAUGAGUAGUAAGAAACUAUCACUGUGACAUUUCAGUAUUUCAUACACGUAACAGGCUGUAUUAUGUGUCGUAUUCUUUGUCAUGUUACGGUGUAUUAUUAUGUGUCAUUAAAACUGAAUUGUACAAACACC